AUGACACAAAAUUCUCCAUCGAAAUUUAUUUUACUUCAUCCAAUUGAAAAUCAUCGAACGACAUGUCAAAAAACGAAAAAUACAACACAAAAUAUAAGUACUAAUACUGAUGAUAUACAAUUCAAUCAUGAUAUAUCUACUAAUACACCAAAUUAUGCUGAACAAAUGGCUACAGCAUUAGAUAAUGGUAAUACUGCUGAAGAAAUUGUUCAAAUGCUUAUGCAAAAUGAAGCUUCUGAAUCUUAUUGGAAAUUAAUAAGUGAACGCCGAAAACAAGCUAUUGAAGAAACAGUUGUUGAAAAUGAACAAUUACAUAAUGUUAUUGAUGAUUUGAGUAAAGAAAAUGAACAACUUCGUGCUUUGUCUGAUCAUUGUGAUUAUUUACAAAAUGUUCUCAAUUCAUUUACUAAUGAACAUGAUAGUCUUCUUGAUGAUAGUUCUACCAAUUGA